AAUCUCAGUAAUGAAAAGAAUCAUUUCUGUGGUGCGAAUUCAUAUUAACUAUUUGCAAAGUCUGAAAAUGAUAAACCACUUGAAAAAAAAUCCUGAAAGAAAAGAAAGAGAGAAAAACAAGAAACCAAGUCUGAAACUAGUGCAGAAGAGAAGAGCUUUGUGUUUUGGUGGAAGUAAGAAAACAUCACCAUGGAAAACUUUCUAGCUUUGUUUAAUGAAGGCAUGGACGAAGAAGCAUCCCGCCUUGAAAAAUUGUUACCAUUUCAUGAGCAUCCGUUGAUACCUUUUACACGCUUCGAGUUCACCAAGUGUAAAGGAUGCUACUCGACCGAUGAAGAUAAUACAAGCUUCAUUUCCAAACAUCCCGGUUGCAGUUACAUUUACGGAGGACACCGAUGCAAUGAGCCGGGAUGUGAUGUUGUGUUCCAUGAAGAGUGCGCCAAGCCGUUACCAGAAAUCGACCACCCUUACCAUCCAGUCCAUCCUCUCAAGCUGAUCCUCCUACAUACCAGAGUUUCUAAUUGUAGUUUCUGUGGAGAAUUUUUCAGUGUCGGUUAUCGCUGUAACAAAUGUGAUUUCCAGUUGGAUUUGAUUUGCGCGAGGAGACCAGCCCUACUUGUUCUUGCUGAAAACUCCUACCUACACGAGCAUCCACUCCAACUCUCCCAUGAAGCGCACGAAACACUCAGAGAUUGCAAAGGGUGUGGCCAUCAACAUAAUAGCUGGAAACAUUUCUACACAUGUCAUCAAUGCGAGUUUUUCAUCAGUCUGGAUUGUAUCGAUCAUAAUAGUCCAGAAGCAUACCACACUUCUCACCCCCAACACCCACUCAAGUCACUUAGAUAUGAAGUCCCUGGUUACGCCGACAAGAAAUGUCUUCUUUGCCGCGAGGAGUUUGAUGGAAUCCAUCGCCAGCUUCACCACUGUGGUGUUUGUAAUUUUAGCAUAUGCAGAUCAUGUAUGAAAAACCCACCACCGGUUCUUGUUAAAAGCCCGAGGACCCAUGAACAUCAACUUCACCUUGUUCCAAGACGCAUUGACUUCACUUGCAAUGCUUGUGGGACGCUAGGUGACCGUAGCCCUUAUUUCUGUCUUCAGUGCAAUUUCAUGAUUCAUCGGGAAUGUAUCGAUCUACCUCGCGUCAUAAACAUCAACCGCCACGACCACCGCAUCUCUUACACCCCUCGCCUCGGACAUGGAGACGGGAAAUGCAGAGUUUGUCGUAAAAAUGUGGAUGGGUUCUACGGGGCUUAUUCUUGCUCCAAAUGUUUUGAUUAUUUUGUUCAUUCAAGAUGCGCAACCAGAAGGGAUGUAUGGGACAUGAUCGAACUGGAAGGGACACCCGAAGAAGAGGAAACUGCGCCAUUCAAGGUGAUUGAUGACAACACGAUAGACCAUUACGGCCAUAAGCAUAACUUACGAAUUUACCGUGGCUGGAAUCUACCAGAAAGUGUAGUUUGUACCGCAUGUGUCUUCCAGAUUUGUUCAGAACCGUUCUACGCUUGCGCGAGAAAGAGAUGCGAUUUCAUAAUCCACGAAAAAUGUGCCAAGCUUCCUUUAAAGAAACGUCAUGUGUGCCACAACCAGCCACUCGAACUAUCCCCAAAUUAUGGCACCUACUUGUUACAUAGGUGUAGUAUUUGCCGUCAACUGUUCACCGGUUUCUCCUAUGAAUCUAAGGAAUUAAGGAUAGAUGUACGGUGCGCUACAGUUACAGAACCAUUUGAGCACAAAAGCCAUCAACAUCCUUUACACUACUCUACAGAUCACUCCAAACGUUGUAGUGAGUGUGAUGGAGACGGGAAAUUGAGUUGCGAUGAUUGUGAAUUUGGUUUGUGCUUCAAGUGUGCUAUUUUACCGCAAAAGGUAAUGAGGCAUAGGUACGACGAUCAUCCUCUCUUCUUAUCUUAUGGCGAAAUGGGCGUGGCUGGCAAAUAUUGGUGUGAAGCAUGCGAAACAACUGUGAACCCAGAAAAAUGGUUCUAUACAUGCAAUGAGUGUGGGAUCACAUUGCAUAUUUCCUGCGUUAUAGAUACUUACGCAUAUUCCAUGCCAGGAGCGUUAACAUGGAUAGGAACAUUUGUAUCCAACCACUCUAUUUGUAGACCACUUUGCUGCGUGUGCAACUCUCGAUGCAAGCUCCCUUUCGUUCGUACGCUUCCCGAGGACGGAGCUGAUCUAUACUUUUGUUCUUUAGAAUGUGAGAAGAAAAUUUAUCAGGAACGUUUCGAAUUUUAAAAUUAUGUUCUUUACUAUGUUUAGAAAACUAUUUAUUUAUAGAUGAUAAUGUUUGCUAGCUUGAAUGACUCGCAAAUUUGGUAGAAUUUGUGAGGAAUCUGGGUCUGUUAAAUUAUUACAAGUCCCUACAAUAACAUUUGGUUGUGUACUUGUGUUAGUGUAAUAUAUAUAUAUCUCAUUGAACCC